CUCUGUCAAGAGCCUCCGUUCUUCAGAAGCUCAUUAAGCGCCUCCAGGAGGACAGCGCAUCAAUUGGUAGGGUCCUGCGGCCUCCUCUCUGCCUUUUUAAGCCUCUCUUCUCGGAUUCACCCCACUCACGGGCCGACCAUAGAUAGAAAUGGAUCCGAUUUAGAGGUAGAAGGGACAUGAAAGAUGUCGCACUGUGAGGAUGCGUAUGUGACUUAUUAAAACAGCAGGAAGGGUACUGGGACUCGAGCCAAAUAGGAUCUCACCCUGUUGUGCUCUGACCGGAUUUGGAGCUUGUUGAGAUGCUCCUCUGUUUUUGUCCUGAGCGCUUUGAUUGGCGUCACUUUUGCGCUUGACUAGAUCGCAGACGGGCUAUAAAAGUGUCGUGUUCCCGGACAGACUGACCGCCGCCCUGGGACUGGACGCGGAGAUGCAGGGCCACUUAGUCGACCCCACGUUAAUCGAUUUCGUCAAUGACGUGAACCCGAUGGAGCCGGCGGCUGACGACACGCACAGCCCGAACGACCGGACGCGGCUGAGCGACUCGCCAUGGAGCGACCUGGAAAACGACGCGGACAUCUGCGCCGUGAUGGGGGGCGUGCCGAAGUACUGCAGCCGCGGGGAGCACGGCCAUCGCGGCAGGUCCAAACGGAGGCGCGUCAUAACCGUGGUCCAGCGGCAGGCGGCCAACGUGCGGGAAAGGAAGCGGAUGUUUAGCCUCAACGAGGCGUUCGAUGAACUGAGGAGGAAAGUUCCCACAUUCGCCUACGAGAAGAGACUGUCCCGCAUCGACACUCUGCGCCUGGCCAUCGUCUACAUUUCCUUCAUGACGGACCUGCUGGAGAACACCUGAGUGCGAGUAGCCCUCUGUGAACUUUAUUCCCUUGGAGAUGGUAUUGCGUUUAUUAAUUAACUGUUCGUGGUGAGGAAGUGUUCAAAAUGAUCCGAACUGUGAUGUGGGUCAAUUUCAGAAGUUUCAAAUCCCCCUAUCAAACAAAAAAGUAUGAAAAAUAAUUUUGCCACCGACAUAAAUUAAUAGACAUGGCUUAAAAAAAAUCCAAGAGUCGACCCUCUAAAUAUUUCACUUAAUAUAUGUGACCUAAGAUAUGUUAUGCCUUAAAAUAAAUCUAAUUACUACAAUAACGAAUGUGUUCUUUGCUGUACAUUUAAUUUGUACUGUACAAUGUCAUCAGAUUAUGAUCAGUG